GAGCUCUAAGUAAAAUCACAUCAUAUUAAUUAAUAUGGGACAGUUACUUUCAGCUAUAUGCGGGGAGAAAUUUGUCACCUCUCCUGCACCUCGGAGUUAUUCAGGCGAUGGACACGACUCGGAAAAUGAAGCAGGUUUAGGGAAUGCCCUGCUGCCUUGGAAGGGGGGAGACGAAGAAGAGAAUCCUUUGAUCUAUCAAUCAUCCACAGGGUUGGUCUUCCAAAUUCGCUUUGAAGAAACUGCUGCUAAAAAGGUUGUUGACGAAUGUAGCAAGAAUUCUGAGUCAAUCAUUGAUGAAGGUGGUUCAAGCGAUGUCUACAGCUUGGGUAAUAAAGGAGGCAUCGAGGCUCCCGCGAUUUCUCUGAAUGGAGACGUAGAAAAGCCUGAGAUCUUUCAAUCCAGAGGGUCGGUCUUCCAAGUUAGCUUUCAACCUGCUGCCAAAAAGGUAACUGAUCAGGGAAAUCAACAGAGAAAGGAAGUUUGUCAUCUCAAGGAUGUGGCAAUCAACAAGAAAUGGAAGAAGAAGUUCGGUGAAGACAGUGGCAAGAUUAACGAGGCAAUUGUUGAAGAUGGCGUAAGCAUACAGGCUGCCCUGCUGCCUCGGAAGGGAGACCAAGAAAAGCCAGUCUUCCAAGUUCACAUUGAUCCUGCUGCAAAAGAAGGAAAUGGAAAACCCCUUGUUGAUCAAAAUAAUGAGCAAAGAAAAGAAGCUGGUUAUAGUAAGGAUGUGACUUUAAGAUGGAAGAAGAAUUUGAAGAAGGAGAUUGUUGAAGAGGGUAUUGUGAUUAAGCCCAUCAUCAAAUGUGACAAAGAAGAAAGAAAUGCCUCGAAUGUGACAAAGAAGAAAGAAAAUGUUGACAACCGCUGCAACAAUAAGGUGAUCAUCAAAUCCUUGAAUGUGAAAAAAAAGGAGAUUGAUGAUGAUUUUCACAACUAUGAUUCAAGCGGAAGCAACAGCUCGAGCGAUUCUACUGCAAAAGAUGAAAAUGGCAAGCCAAUCGCUAAUCAGAGUAACAUUUUUCUUAAGAAUAAGACUAGCAACAAGGCCUGCACUUUGGCAUGGAGGAAGAAGAGUAUUGUUAUAGAGGAAGGCAAGAAUGAGCCGAUCAUCAAUGCCUUCAUUUCGACAAAGAAGAAGAAGAUUGAUGAAAAUGAAGAUAGUCCUUUAAUUAUUAAAGCGAGAGGAUCAGUCUUUCAAGUUUGCGUAGCAGCAAAUUGUGGAAAUGACAAUCAUCUAGCUGCUCAGAGAAACAAACAAAUGGAUCAUCAUAAAGAUGAUACAAUCAACAAGACCUUGAUUGUUAAAAAAGAAGAACAAACUGUGAUCUUCAAAGAACCAUCUGCAAAAAAGGUAGAUGACAACAGGCCUCUAGCUGAUUUCAGCAACAAGCAAAUAAAACAAUUCGAUACUAUCAACAAGGCCAUCACCAAGAUUGAUUUAGGAAAGAAGAAGAUUGAUGAAAACAAAGAAAAGCCUUUUAUUAUUAAAGCGAGAGGAUCAGUCUUUCAAGUUUGCAUAGCAGCAAAGAGUGGAAUUGACAAUCAUCUAGCUGAUCAAAGAAACAAGCAAAGGAAAGAAAUUGAUCAUCAUAAAGAUGAUACAAUCAACAAGACCUUGAUUGUUAAAGAAGAUGAAAAACAUGUGAUCUUAAAAGAACCAGCUGCAAAAAAGGUAGAUGACAACAAACAAUUACAAGAAUUCGAUACGAUGGCCAUCACCCAGAUUGAUUUAGGAAAUAAUAACAUCGUGUGGUUGAAGCAUUACAAUAACAAACAAAAGAUAUUGAUGGUUGGUGAAGGAGAUUUCUCUUUCUCUGCUUCAUUAGCCGUGGCUUUUGGUUCAUCUGCUUCUAAUAUAACUGCCACUUCUUUCAAUAACUCAGCCUACUUGCGAUGUAAUUACAAGAAAUCCACUGGAAACAUCGAGGAGUUGACAAACAGGGGAGCAACCGUCAGACAUGGAGUGGAUGCUACUAAAAUGUCCAAAUACUUGUAUUGGAAAGACAUCAAAUUCGACCGCAUUAUCUACAACUUUCCUUACUCCAGUUGCCCCAAAACUGAAUCGCGCCAAACUCAGAUGAGGCAGCAUUUGGAACUGGUAAGAGGGUUCUUGUUGAAUGCAAAGGAGAUGUUGGGAGAGGGCGGAGAAAUCCACAUCUCGCACAAGACAAAUGGUUUUCAUAAGGAUUGGAAAUUGAAAGAAUUGGCAUGGUUAGAAGGGCUUUGGUUGGUCGGAGAAACCGAGUUCAAUAAAAGUGACUAUCCCGGCUAUGAAACCAAACAAGGGUAUAAUGGUGACUUGAAUUUUGAAUGGCAUCCAAGUUCUACUUACAUGUUUGCUUCUUUUCCAUAAUAAAAC